AUGGUCUUGGAAUCUGGCUCCGAUUCAUUCCAAAUCCGGAUUCCCGGAGAGCAUCUUGUCUCCAAGCCAAAUAAAAAAGAGACAGUCGAGCGAGUCAUGAAGACGGAGCAAUCAGAAGAAGAUAAAGUGAUGCACUCGACUCGAUACAACGCUGGCGAGCGCUACAAUCUCUUGAUCAUGUGUCCCUACUGCUCCAGACGAUACGCAUACAAGGAAACGAUGCAACAUCACAUCCACGCAGUCCACACCGCCGCGGACGGAACAAUCAAAGACCCAAUUUCCGUCUUUCGCGGUGGCGAAAGCAGCUCUUCUUCUCUUCUCUCCGAAGCCACUGUCACUGAAGAAGACGAAGACGAAACCGGCCCCACUGUCGAACCUACAGUCACUGUCAAACAAGAACCAAUCGACGAAGAAUCAAACGUAGAAGUCAUUGAAACACCCGAGCUUCAAGCAGAAAUUCUUCCUUCCAAAUCUCUUCCAAUUCUCAAGCCGAAAAUAAAUCUCAAGAAUUUGUCAAGACCAAGCAGCAACAAUAAUAAAACACCCAGCCAGCAGCCACGAGUCGUCCAAAAAAAGAGAACGCCGGAUUGGAAGUCGAUGCCAGUUACAGGAAUUAACAACAAAACCGAUCACAGAAGCAAGUUCAAAAUUUAUAAUAAAAAGACGAUGAAACUGGUUGGAAAAGACGGAAAAUUGAUCGACUUUGUCUACAUGUCCAACGCUUCCAAACUCAACGGUCAAAAAGUCUUCUACGCGAACCGAGUCGGCCGGCCGCUCCCUCAAAAUCAGGCUCAACCUGAUUCCGAAACUGCCACUGUAAUGGAAUUCGCCGAGGGUGAGAGCCCGCUUAUCAAGAGCGAGUAUAUCGACCCGGAUGACGAGCCCUGCACCGUCACGGCGUUCACAGACUCCGAAGGAGAAGAUGAUGAUGAUGGUCAGUCAAAUUCCGUCUCCCAGACGCUGCCCGAAAAAGUGCCCCAAAUCAACGUCCAGCAAACGCCUAUCUUUACCCGUUCAAAACCCACACUCGUGCCUUCCCAAAAAUCCCUACCAGUUCUCGCACCAAAGCCUACCGUCGAAAACCAGUACUGGAAAACCAUUGCCGUAGAAAAAACAGGAGGGCGAGGCCCAACCAAGCGGCCUCGUAUUCCACCACCAGUGAUUCCAGAAACUCUAGCGCAAAGCAAACAAACAGCGACAAAAAGUGCCUUAAAAGUCAAGGUCGGCAAGACCGUCCUGCUCAAAUCCGCUACAGUGCCGGUGAAAAUCGGACGUAUUAGCGGUUUCAAAAUCGCAAAGCCUCUUUCGAUCAAAAAGACCCCCACUUGCUAA